AUGAGCGGCGUCGCAGAGACACGGCCUUUAUUAUCCUCAGAGGACUCAAACAUUUCAGACCCCCCUGAUGUGGAACUACUGAUCGGCCAGGAUUCAUGUCCUAAAAGCCACGCAACGCGCGUGAUCGUUAUAAUUGCAAUAUGUACUAUUAUUGCCGACCUAGCUGGAUAUGGAUCGAUCGCGCCACAAUUACAAAUAUUUGAACAGACCAUCUGCAGAGAGUAUUAUGCAUCCAUUGGCGUCUCAAUAAAUACCCUAGACCAGGAUCAGUGCAAAAUUGAGCCAGUUCAAAGCGAACUGGCUUUGAUCAACGGCUGGUUCGACACCUUCCAGACUGUUCCCGGCCUUUUUUUAGCUGUGCCGUUUGGCGCUGUAGCGGAUCGGAUUGGCCGGAAACCCGUUAUGCUUGCGGGAAUGGCUGGCUGUCUACUAGGAGAGGGUUGGAUUCGAGUUGUUGCCUGGUUUGCACCACGUAUUCCACUGAGAGCAGUAUGGUUUGCAGCCUUUUCGCAACUCAUGGGGGGUGGAGCGCAGACGGCGGCAUUGAUAAUGUGGGUGAUGGUUGCAGAUACAUGCUCCAAGGAGAGAAGAACUCUAGCUUUCUCACAGUUAGCUGGCGCUGUUUUGAUAUCGGAGAUUGUCGCCACUCCUGCAAGUGCUGCACUGAUCCCUAUAAGCCCAUGGCUACCCUAUCUUAUGAGCUAUGGCUUGUAUAUUAUCGGCUUUUUGUUCGCAAGCUGUGUUCCGGAAACACUCGGAAAUGUAAAGAUAGCGUCACCUUCACAAGAUGGAAAUGAAGUGCGCGGGAAACACAUGUUCUCUACCAUUCGAAAGGAAUUUCGCACUGUCCAGAAGUCACUGACCUUGAUUCGAGAGAAUAUAAACGUUACGCUGAUACUGAUCUGCUUCUUCACUUCAUCUCUCGGCAAGCAAGCCAUUCCACUCAUAUUGCAAUACGGGCCAAAGAAGUUCCACUGGACGAUUGCUCAUACUUCAUAUUUCCUAUCACUGCGCGGGGCAGUCAAUUUCAUUCUUCUUCUUAUCAUCCUUCCGGCAAUAUCAGAGUUCCUUCAAUCAAAGCGGUAUUACCCAGCACUUAGGGAUAAGCGACUGACUCAGGUCAGUACCGCGCUUCAUAUAGCAGGCUCGAUUAUCAUAUUCUUCGCCGCGUCAUCUGUCACCUUUGUGGUCGGACUAAUGAUUUUCGCUCUUGGGGGAUCUUCCCAUAUCACCGCAAGAAGUUUGGUUACCUCAUUGGUAGACCCCAAUCUUUUGGGCACGGCUUACGCCUGUAUCGCAACUGUGACGUCUGCUGGAAUGAUUUUUGCCGGGCCCUUGCUAGCUUAUACCUUCAAAUGGGGGAUGAUCUUGGGGGGCAAUUGGAUCGGAAUGCCUUUUCUCACUGCCACGGGACUUUACGUACUUGGACUACUCGCAGUCACUAUGACGAGGAUUACGAAUUCUAGCGACUAG